AUGGCGCCGCACACAGACAAGCAGAAUCUGCAGGAGCGCCCCAAUGCCGGCGAGAAGGCGAGCCUGCUCCCCACCAAGCAGUCGGAGCGAGGUUCCAGCCCGGCGCGCCCGCAGUACCGCUCCGUGAUCGUGAGCGUCUGCUCCUUCAUCCUCGUGACCGAGUUCUGCGAGCGACUGGCCUACUACGGGCUCUCCGGGUCGCUGCCCAUCUUCUUCCACCGCAACUUGGGGCUCAGCACCGUGCUGGCCACGGAGCUCAACUCGACCUUCACGUCGCUGUCGUACCUGACGCCGCUGCUGGGCGCGUACGUGGCCGACCGGUACCUGGGGCGCUUCAGCACCAUCGUGCUCUUCUGCCUGCUGUACAUCGCGGGGCUCGCGCUCUGCGUGUUCGCGUCGCUGCCGGCUGUGUCGUCACUGCCGCUGUUCAUGCUGGGGCUCUUCGGCGGCGUCGGGUUCGGAGCGGGAGGCAUCAAGCCCAAUGUCGUGGUGCUGGGGGCGGACCAGUUCGACGUCGACAUCCCCGCGCAACGCGCCGAGAAGGACAGCUUCUUCAACUGGUUCUACUGGGCGAUCAACGUGGGGGCGACGUUCAGCUACGGUGUGCUGACGAAUCUGGCGGUGAACGGCCUCCCGCCCUACAUCUCGGCGGACUUUGGCUUCUUCGCGUCGUUCGCCAUCCCGUCCGCGGCCUUCGUGCUGGCGGCGCUGGUGUUCUACGCCGGAAAGGGACGAUACCGCCGCGUGCCGCCCAAGGGCAGCGCUCUCAGCAAGUUUUUUUCCGUGCUGAUUCAGGCCGGAUCACGCUCGAGUCGCGGCAAACUUGUGCUCAGUGGAGGCUUGGCGUUCAUCCCCGGUAUCGUGUUGACGACCGUGUCGUACUUUAUUCAAGAUGAUUUCACGCACAUGGCGGUGGCGCUGGUCGGUGCGGGGGCUGUGGCAUACGGCACGUUCGUGCUCAUUUUCUCCGGAGCUGCGACGGACUGGCUGAGACUGGCGACGCGCACGAAUGGAGGGUCCUUUUCGUUCCAAGAAGUGCAGGAUGCGGCGCAGGUGGUGCGGCUCGCCCCGUACCUGGGCAUCAUCAUCAUUUUCUGGGCCGUGUACGGCCAGAUGAACUCCAACUUCGUCGUGCAGGGCUGUCAGAUGGACCUGCGGAUGGGCAUCUACCCUACGCUGCUGCGGAAGGUUGGCGCUGGACUCGUGUUCGCGUUGCUGGCUAUGCUGGCGGCCGGGUGGGUAGAGCAGAUCCGCAAAAGCAGCCCCAUGAUCGAGGGCAUUUCCUCGAACUGCAGCGCGGCGGGCGAAUCGCUGCCGAUGUCGUCGAUCAGCGUGUGGUGGCAGACGCCGCAGUACGUGCUCGUUGGAAUCGCCGAGAUCCUGACGAGCAUCUCGGCCUACGACUUGUUCUACUCGGAGGUGCCCGAGUCCAUGCGCAGUGUGUGCCAGGCGCUCAAUCUGCUCACCACCACGCUGGGCUUCAUCGUAGCGGGCGCGAUCAACAGCAUCUUCUCCUUCUGGGUUACGAGCGACCUCAACAACGGCCACCUCGAGUACAUCUACUACAUGAUGGCGUUCCUCGUGUUCGUGCUGCUGGUGGCGUUCGUGUUUGUGUCCCAGUCGUUCGAGUACCACGUGCCUCCGCCCGGACUUGACUCCGUGUCUGGGUUCUCCCCUGCGCUCUCGCGUGCCGCUAGAGAAUUGCGCAAGAAGCUGCAGUUCCAGCGCAAUGGCAGCAACUAG